AUGUCUUUACCGCCACCACCAGGAGGAAUGGGAUCGAAAUUCCCAACGCAAGGAGGUAUGAGCGGUCUGCCACCUCCACCAGGAGGAAUGGGAGGAUUACCUCCUCCACCAGGUGUAAAAGGCGGAUUACCUCCACCACCAUCAUCAAUGGGAAUGGGAGGGAACUCGAUGUCAGGAUUACCUCCACCACCAAUGAGCACCGGAUUUGGUUCAGGUCGCGGAAUUCCGCCAAGUUUGCCAACAGGAGGCGGAAUGGGUAGUGGUUUACCUCCUCCACCAGGAGGGAUGGGAGGGUUACCACCUCCGCCUGGCGGAAUGAAUAAUUCAAAAAUGGGCGGAUUACCACCACCUCCAGGAGGCAUGGGAAGCAACUUUGGUACUAGUGGAGGACUUCCACCUCCGCCUAUGAGCACAGGAUUCAACUCAGGAAGAGGAAUGCCUACUACAUUAAAUUCUGGAAUGGGCGGAGGUUUUCCUCCAGCUCCAGGAGCUGGUGGAUUGCCUCCACCACCUGGCGGAAUGACAGGUGGAUUACCUCCACCUCCAAUGAGCCGGUUUAAUUCCGGUCGAGGAAUCAACACUUCACAAUCAAUGGUUAUGACAGGCGGUCUUCCACCGCCACCAAUGACAGGAGGACUUCCUCCUCCACCAGGAAUCCAAUCAAACAACCAGUUCAACUCAGGUCGAGGAAUUGCACCUUCUGCUUCAAUGGGCUUCACAGGAGGACUUCCUCCAGAUCCAAACUUCAACUCAGGUCAAUUUAAUUCUAACCAACUCAGUACAAUGAACUCAAACCAGUUCACUCCACACACACUGAUGUCUAUGAGUACUCUUGGUUCUGGAAUUCCUCUUUCAUCCCAUUUCCGAAGUGCAGUUCCACCUGUUACACAGUCAUCUAUCAUUGGUUUCCAAACAGGUCCACUUUCACCCGCACCAAGUCCUAUGAGCAUUUCAGCUGAAAGUUCAACACGAUACAAUCCACAACAAGAAUACAACGACACUCCAGAGUCAUCACUUCUCAAAACAUGCAAAGUAUGCAGCAAGAUGUGCAAAGACAAGUAUUUCUUCAUGUUUGGUAACUGUUAUUGUCCUGAAUGUCUUAAAUGCACUCGAUGUCAGAAAAGUUUACGUCCUCCAGAAUGUGUCAUGUACAAAGAGCAGCCAAUUUGUUUCGGCUGUGCUAAAAUCAACGGCAAGUUGAACCGAUGUCCAGUUUGCAGCGAAUUCCUUGACAACGAAGAAGACAUUGUCAGUCUUAAAGACUUAAACAUCACAAUCCACAAAGAUUGUCUUCGUUGUUACGAAUGCGGUAAGAAACUUAAUGUUGAUGAAUACCAAACUAUCAAAGACCAGAUCUGCUGCAAACGUUGCAAGAAGAAAGCCACACGUCAUUCAUGCAAACGAUGCGAACAACCUAUUUUAGGUCGAUACGUCUUCAACCGUAGCCACUAUUUCCAUGUUGAAUGUUUCACAUGCGAAGACUGCAGCCGUCGUCUCAAUGGCAACAACUUUGUUGUUCAUCACAACAGGUACUAUUGUCCAGAACAAGGUAUCAAGUACUUGAAGACAUGUGCAUACUGCAAGAACGAGAUCCAACUUACCGACAUCACACGUAUUCGGUGGAUGAACAAAUACUACCACAAGCGAUGUUUCUGCUGCCGCAUCUGUGGUGUUGUUCUUGAUCCAAACGAUGCCAAAUGUUGCCACAACCGUCCCCACUGCAAGCGAUGUUACGAACAGCGUGUUAAAGACGGCGACAUCACUAGAGACGGUCGAACUCCGAGUGACCAGAACCACCGUCACCGUCCCGAUAUUUCAGCCGCCCAACGUGAGCGCUUUCGUAAGAAAUUUGGUGACGAAAACUGGAAUCCACCACGAUACGCGAGUCAACAAGAGAAGAAAGAAUCAUCCGAAUCAUCAUCUUCAUCCUCAUCAAGCAGCAGUGAUCAUAAGCGCAAAUCUAAACAUUCUAGUCACAGUGGCCAUGGCAGUCAUCGAGGUCACGAAAGCCACAACAGCCGCCGUGGCAGACAUUAG